UAUUCCUGUAGCUGUGCAGCUGGUAAAGGUUUUUGAAAUCAUGUAGUUGCACUUCUUUAGCAGACUGCACACUACUCCCAACUCCAGCUGCCAACUGUUCCUCCUGCACAAGUGAUUUACAAAGAUGGCACAAACCAAGAACACAGGAGAUACAUCCUGAACCUGCCAGCAACAUGGUGGUGCGGAAGCCCAAAACUAUGGGGAAAAGAUAUCUGCACUCCACACUUUACAGAGCUUACACAGAUCCCGACAUUCUGGCAUCAGGAGAAAAACUACGCCAGCUGGAGUCCCAACCACUUAUUGCUCUUGUCCUAGAUGGUCUUUCACAUUUGGAGCUGGUUCCAUCCAAAUUUGGGCCUGUGCCACAGGGCUCACCAAUGACUUAUCAGUGCCCACCUGAAAAAUCCUCUGGUAGCAUCAUUCUGCACCACAUGGCUCCAGACUUCCCUUCUCUUCCUUUGAUGCUGCAUAGUCUUCCAAAUAUGUGCUUUGUGCCCACACUUGGUCAACUUAUGCAUCUUCAUUCUCUGCAAGUGUCACUGGAAAUGUCUUAUGAAAUAGAAGACAGAACGAGAGACCAGUCCAGAUGUCCUGCAUGGGUACAUCUUCGACAACCAAGACUUACUGCUAGCCGUUUCCGUGAUGCUUGCAGAGGAAGUGCAGAGGAGGAGUCUUCUGCCACAGCACUGGCAUCUCGGAUGAUUAGGGGUUCCACUAGACAAACUGCCGCCAUGAAGCGUGGUCUGCAGGUAGAGUCUGAGGUGCUGGCAAACUAUGCUGAGAUGUUGAGGGUCAACAUGCUUCCAGUGUGAUUCAUUGUUCACCCUGACACAUCAUAUCUUGGUGCAACUCCAGAUGGUAAGGUGAACAACCCGUCAGAAUCACCCCCGUUUGGACUGGUUGAGGUAAAAAGCAGCAUGAAGAAAGAUGCAUCUCAGGUUGCUCACCUCAAGGUCCAGGAUGACCACUCAGUUUUGAGGCCUUCACACGCCUACUACUGGCAGGUACAGGGUCAGCUGGCAGUCAGCGGAUUGGAAUGGUGCGACUUUGUUAGACAAGCUAACAACAACUGUUGAGCGGGUGUGGCGUGACGAGGCUUUCAUUGAUCAAAUGAAAUCUAAACUGGGCUUAUUUUACUU